AUGGCCAAGAAAGUAUCGUCAAGCUUCUCCUUACACAGUCUCGGCCGCAGCCGGACGAAUUCAAGUCCGCACCGGGCCGAGGCUGAGCGCAGGCUUCCUUGGGCUGCUGAGUGCGGCAGCGUCGCUGCCAUCCAGUUUCUACUAUCGAUCAAGCCGAACCCCAAUGUCAACUGCCGCACCCGGGACGAGUUUGGACAGACGCCUCUUAUGAAAGCUGCGCAGUCGGGCUGCGAAGGGGCUUGCAAGCUGCUAAUGAAAUCUGCGGCGUAUGGCCACGAUCGAGUUGUCAGUCUUUUGCUUGAAAUAGGAGUAGACGCCGACUGCAAAGACUGCUAUGACCGGACAGCUCUCUACUUGGCCGCUAGCAAUGGCUGUGAAGGCGUUGUCGGACUGCUUCUAGCUACAGGAAAGGUCGAUAUCAACCUCGAAUGUUUAAACGGAAGAAACCCGUUAGGAGAGGCUGAAAAUGCAGGGCUUGCUACUACGGUCGAGUUGCUUGAGAACGCCGGCGCCACCGACGCAGCGCCAGUCAGUCAAACGAACAAGGGCAUUCAAUACGAGUAUCCCCCUACAAAGCUCGAGGAAUUGGUUACCCGCCAGGGGGAUGACCCGGACUGCGACGGCGAGGAUUCCUCAGAUGACGGUUUGGAGACUCAUCCGGAUGGGAAAUCAAAAAGGGCUCAGGCUCUGGUGCGGAGCUUGGUCGACCAAUUCAUGGCGCGGAUACCGGCUUGGAUAUGGUGGCUGCAGCUGGUGACGGCAACGGUGGCCGGCCCGACUAAUGGCAAGCAUGCCUCCAGUGAUGAUUUGCAUCACACGCGCGUGUUGCCGUGGACACUAAGAAGGACACACAUCCGGCCGCCGGGCACCUCCCAUAGCCUAAACGUCGUGGGGGGGAGCUUUGUGGAGAAGUGUGAUGAGAAGAGGCCCAGCUUGGAACUCCUCCUGCGCAACACUGCGCAUGUCGCCCAUAAGAGUUACUCCGAAGACACUGCCGAUAACGACUCGGAUGUUGGCAUGAACGAUUCAGACACUGAAUCUGAGGACAAUUCCGUUUUACAGGCGGCCCGCGACCGAGGUCUCAUGAGCAGCAUCGCGAGUCUCAAAUAUACCGAGACCAUCGUGCCUCCUCCUCGCAAAGGACCCUCAAUUCCGCCAUUUGAUAGCUAUCAUUUCCCACGACACGGUGAUGCUGUCCUGCUCGUCAUCCCCACCGCAAACAAGCAGAAGACACGGAUCUUGGUAGAGGCCUUUGAGAAACAAAAGCCGCCAGGUACCACGAUACGGCAGAUUUCCAUCCCGGCGGAAUCUGAUGUCGGCGAGCAGCCGUAUAACGAGCGGGGUGCACAGGGCGCGCACAAUCGUAUUAGCAACGCGCUGCGCGCACUCGCCGACACGACGCCCGAACAACAGGCCAUGUUUGAAGAAGAGGGCAUCGGUACCGUCAUAGUGGCGUCUAUUGAGAAUUACAUCCAGGAGGCUGGUGUGCCCCGCCCAGUGGACUAUGGCAUGGUGAUCGUGCACAAUGCAACCACCGGUAGAACGGUGGCAGCAGUUACGCACGGCGUCACGGUGCCGCAAGCUUAUUUAAAACAUGCACGUUCACUUGGGUUUGAGGGGGAUGACGAGAGCUGCGGGAAGGUAACAGUCGGGCAGAUCUUGGCGGCGAACGUGCCGACGUUGGAUAAGGCGGACUGGCAUGUAGUUGUAGCCGGUAGGUCCCGUUAUGAUUUACUGAGCGACGCCAUCGAUGCGCUGCAGAUUCCAUGGUAG